AUGAAUUUUGUGCCAGGAAUACCAGAAUCCUCUAGCCAUGUUCUGGCAGAGUUUGAAUCUUUGGAUCCAUUGCUUUCUGCUCUCAGGUUGGAUUCCAGUCGCCUGAAGUGCACAAGUAUAGCUGUGUCUCGGAAAUGGCUGGCCCUGGGCAGCUCCGGAGGAGGUCUCAACCUCAUUCAGAAAGAAAUCUGGGAACAGAGACUUUUUCUUUCCCACAGGGAAGGUGCUGUUUCUCAGGUUGCCUGUUGUUUACAUGAUGAUGACUAUAUUGCUGUAGCUACCAGUCAAGGUUUUGUAGUAGUUUGGGAACUAAAUCAGGAGCGUCGUGGGAAACCAGAACGAAUUUAUGUAUCUUCAGAACACAAAGGCCGAAGAAUUACAGCUCUCUGUUGGGAUACAGCUGUUCUUAGAGUUUUUGUAGGAGACCAUUUGGGAAGAGUUUCUGCUAUAAAACUCAAUACAUCCAAACAAGGAAAGGCAGCUGCUACCUUUGUGAUGUUUCCAGUUCAGACAAUAACAACAGUUGACUCUCGAAUAGUACAGUUAGAUUAUUUGGAUGGAAGAUUGCUUGUAUCUUCACUCACUCGAUCCUUCUUAUGUGAUACUGAGAGGGAAAAGUUUUGGAAAAUUGGUACUAAGGAAAGAGAUGGAGAAUAUGGAGCUUGUUUUUUCCCAGGAAGAAGCUCUGGGACUCAGCAGCCCCUAAUAUAUUGUGCCCGCCCUGGUUCUAGGAUGUGGGAAGUAAACUUUGAAGGGGAAGUUCUGAGCACACACCAGUUCAAGAAACUUCUCUCCUCAUCACCUCUUCCAGUGAUUAAUCUAAGAUCAGAGCCUCAAUUUAAUACUACUGUUGGCUCAUCGCAGUCUUUGACCUUUCCCAAACUCUUGUAUCUAAGUGAACAUUAUGUCUUGACUUGGAAUGAAAGAGGCAUUUAUAUUUUCAUUCCCCAAAAUGUUCAAGUUCUUCUUUGGAGUGAAGUCAAAGAUAUUCAGGAUGUGGCUGUUUGCAGGAAUGAGCUAUUCUGUCUACACAUGAAUGGAAAAGUCUCACAUUUGUCCCUAUUGUCUGUGGAGCGCUGUGUGGAUCGUUUGCUUAGAAGAGGCUUGUGGGCCUUGGCUACCCAUACUUGCUGUCUGUUCCAGAACUCUAUCAUCCUCAGCAGAGCAAGAAAAACUUUACCUGUUGACAAGUUGGAGCACUUGAAAUCACAACUGGACAUCACAACCCAAAGUGACCUAAUUGCUCAACUAGAAGAAUUGAUUUCAAAAUUGGAACCUUUAGAUUCUGCCUGUAGCAGUAGGAGAAGCUCCAUUUCCUCACAUGAAAGUUUCAGUAUCUUAGACUCUGGCAUUUAUCGUGUCAUUAGUCGAAGAGGCAGCCAGUCAGAUGAAGACUCUUCUUCCCUUCACAGUCAAACACUUUCAGAAGAUGAGAGAUUAAAGGAAUUGAUUGUACAUCAUGAAGAAGACCGCCCAGACCAGGGUAAUGGCUCCCAAGGCAAUUCAGACACUGUAUCUCAUACUUCAGUGACAGAUGAGUCAGAUCGGAAUGAAGCUUUUCUUCCAUUUGGCAUUCCAUUAUCAUUUCGUUCUUCAUCUCCUCUCGCCUCUCUUCAGGCUGUCAAGGAAAGUGUUUCUAGUUUUGUGCGAAAAACUACUGAAAAGAUUGGCACCCUUCAUUCAAAUCCUGAUUUAAAAAUGAGACCUGAAGUUACAGUUGAUGAGCAGCCCCAUGAGGAGGAUGCUAACAUAAUGUCCUGUUCCCAGGAAGAUCAGAAUGAGACAGAUGUGAAAAGCCAGUCUUUAGAAGAAGAUAAGCUACAGGAGCUCAAGGUAGCAACUACAGAGACAGUAUUCAAGCUUCAAGAUCCUCUGGUUCUGUUUCAACCUACAUCUCUGAGACUAGUUCUACAGGAGUGGCUUUUACACUUAGAAGAAACAUUUGCAAUGAAAGAUCUUCUCAGUGUUUCAGAGGAUGUUAGCUUACAUACAAAGACAGACCAGGAUAUGCCUGGUUUACUUGGUGAAUCUAAAAAAGAAAUUUUAGAAGCAAAUAUUGGACAAGAUCAAAGGAAUUGUUCAGAUAAUGAAAAUUCUGUAGGCAAAAUAACACACGAAUUAGGAAACUGUUUGAGAGAAUCAUCAGAUGACUUUUUUCGAGUACAUGUUCCAUAUUUCAUAGAAAACAGUUUUCAGAAGGAUCUGGCUAAACUGACAACUCUGUGUCUGGAGUUAUGUGUAUUUAGUUCUAAUGCCACAUGUGUAGACAUGAAUCAAGAUUUACAGCAGACUAUUCACUGGAUUCCUGUUUGUCAGUUUAUAAAAAAAUACUUUUUUCUCUUGGACUUGGAAAGAGUGAAGCAAUGUGCCAAGAUUAGAUACUCUGACAGUCCCAGGGUUUGGGAUACUUAUGUUGAAGGACUGAAAGAAAUGGCUUUUUCCAGUCCUGUGCCUCCAGAGAUGGAAGUUGGAGAUAUGCCAACAGUGUUAAAGUUCUUAGAUGACUUGGCCUCUUCUGACAACCCUCUGUUUAUGGCCUAUGCUAUCAGGUUUUAUGAAAAGUUUGGAGAAAAAGCCCUUAGGUGCUUGGUCAAGUUCUUUCCAUCUGUUAUGCCGUCAGACAUCAUGCAGCUUUGUAGGAAUCAUCCAGCCCAUUUUUUAGUGUAUUUGGACAGUCUUGUGAAAUCUAAGCCUGAAGAUCAAAGAUUGUCCUUCCUUGAGUCUCUCCUUCAGCCCGAGUCUUUAAAAUUGGAUUGGCUGCUAUUGGCAGUGACCCAUGAUGCCCCAGAAAGGAAUUGCACUCUGGAUGAUGAUGGACAUCCUAGGUCUCAUUCACAUUUAUUCACCUGGGGUUACAGUCACCUGAUUCUGCUUCUGAUUAAGCUUCCAGCUAAUUUUAUAAUCAAAGAAAAAAUGAUGGAAAUUUGUAAGUCUCAUGGUUUCUGGCCUGGCUACCUUACUCUCUGUUUGGAGCUCGAUAGAAGAAAAGAAGCCUUUACUAAUAUGGUUUAUCUGGAUGAUAUGAGAAUUGUGGGUGCAGAAAAUGGUUGGAUCCCAGAGACAAUGGAUGAAUGGAAGCUUCUUUUGAAUCUUGCAUCCAGUAAAGAGGCAGCCCCUCAGGAGACACCAGACAGAAAUGUCAGUGCUGACAGUUCUUCCAGUCCUCCCCCCAUCACUGUGGAGAACGUGGCUCUCCUGUUAGCCAAAGUCAUGGGCCCAGAUCGGGCCUCUGUGUUGCUUCAGGAGUGUGGCUUGACGCUGGGAUUGUCUGAGAGAUUUACCAGAACCUGUAACAUUCUGAGGAUUGCUGAGAAAAGGCAGAGAGCAUUGAUCCAAAGCAUGCUUGAAAAGUGUGACCGUUUUCUAUGGUCCCAGCAGGCCUAGUUGGGGAAGACCAGGGAGUUCAAUUGUGAAAUUUUGUGGAAAAAACAAGAUCAAGUGCCUUUGGAAUCUUUGGAUAUCCCAUCCAAUAUCCCCAUGUUGGACAAAAGGUGAAAAUGGUCUGGGGGCCUUAGCAUUUGCUGUGGAAAUCAGUCUUAAUUAAAUCUGACUUUUGAAGGCUGCCUUUGUGCUCAAAUGGAAUUCUGCACUUACAUAUUAAAAACAGUCUUCUUUACUGUGAGGCUAGACAGUUUAUCCCUGACCUUAGAGCUACUUAUCCAACUGCCUCUCUGGUCACAUAAGGAUAGUUCUACUGCUGAGCAGAGUGAGGGCAAAGGCUAUCUGUUUUUAAACAAGGCAACUGUUUAUGUGAACUAUUUUAGCUAUAACAAUUAGUAGACAGAACAAAUUAAGUAGGUCACAAAUUGUGUAUUUAAAUUAAAUGACUGAAUUUUAAAAUUAAAUAUUUCACUAUGUAUUUGCCAAUAUUUAUUUGACAUAUACUUGCAUAUAGCUUGCUCUUUGUUUAUCCAAAAUGCUUUAUUGCUGUACUUGCCUGAGUUGAGUUGUUCCAGACAAUUAUGCACUUUAAUAAAAUGUUCUUAAU